AUCUCCCGCCAUGAGUGAGGAAAUCAAACAGGAAGUAAAGGAGGAGGCUCCAGAAACAACGACUGAAGCCAAGACCGAAGAGGCUGCUCCUGUCGCAGAAGUAGUUGCAGAAGUUGUUACCAACGGAGAUAAGCCGGCUGAAAAUGGAAAGACCGAGGAGCCAAGCAAAUACGCCGAGACCGAGAACUACAAGAAGCUUAUCGGGCUUAAAAUGAAGCCAGCCCUCGCCGACGUCGUGUGCGAAAUCUACGAGUCCGGACUUCUCGGCCCAGAGGAUCUCGAUGAUCGUGCAGUCGACAUCAUCAACUCGGUGAACCUCGAUCAGGCAAAAUUCAUCUUUACCGAAAUCAAGAACUCUGAACUCUUCGGAGUUGCCACCAAAUCGCUUUACGUCACCUCACUGAUCCGCUCAUUCAAAGAUCGGUGCCGUCAACAGGGAGCAGCUGCCGUAACAUCCGGAAAGCUUAUCAAUGGACCAGAGUUGGCCGCGUUGAAGAACCUACUGGAAACCACCGGAUACACCAUUGAAGUCACAAUUGGACAGAGAAAGUUCGGAGGACCUCCACCAGAUUGGGAAGGACCUGCUACAGGGCCAGCUGGACAGGGACACGAGAUCUACGUCGGACACAUUCCAACGGACGUCUUCGAAGACACCCUGGUUCCCCUCUUCGAGAAAUCCGGAAAAAUCUGGGAUCUCCGUCUUAUGAUGGAUCCAAUGUCCGGUGCUUCCCGUGGAUAUGCUUUUGUCACGUAUUGUAAUAAGGAAGACGCUGCGGCUGCCGCCAAGACUUAUGACGGCCACGAAAUUUCGACUGGAAAACCACUCAAAGUGAACGUUUCGAUCGCUAACACUCGCCUUUUUAUUGGCAAUAUUCCGAAGACGAAAUCUAAAGACGAAAUUCUUGAAGAGCUCAAGACUCAUGCAGAGGGCGUAGUUGACGUUAUCGUCUACUCGGUGCCGGACAAUGAGAAAAUAAAGAAUCGUGGAUUCUGUUUCGUUGAUUUCAUCGAUCACAAGACGGCUUCUGAUAUCAAGAGAAAGAUUGCACAGCAUAAGAUACGUCCAUUCAACGCUGAUGUCUACGUGGAUUGGGCUGAGCAUCAAGAAGAGCCAGACGAGGAUACCAUGUCGAAGGUGAAGGUGCUGUACAUCCGAAACAUCAAGGAAGCAGUGACCGAGGAGAAGCUGAACGAGCUCUUCAAGGAAUACGCAAGUCUGGAUAGAGUUAAGAAGGUGAAGGACUACGCGUUCAUCCACUUCAACGAGCGUGACGAUUGCCUGAAAGCAAUGGAAGAAUGGAAUGGAAAAGAGCUCGAGGGAACUGUUGUUGAAGCUUCACUCGCCAAGCCACCACAGGAGAAGAAGAAGAAGCCAGUGAUGCGUGGGCGUGGAUUCGGUGGAGCUGGUGGUGGUGCUGGAAAUCAUGGACAACGUGGUGGACAACGUGGAGGUGGUCAGUGGGGUGGAAAUGCUGGACCAGGAGGUUAUUAUCCAAAUCACUUCAACAAUGGCUACGACAUGCCAAUGCCUUGGGGAGGUGGCUACGGUGGUGACAUGGGAUAUGGUGCAUAUGGAGGAGGUUACGGUGGUGGAUACGGUGGCCCGGGAGCCUAUGGAGAUUUUGGAGCCUACGGAGGCGGUGGAUUUAGAGGAGGAAUGCGUGGAUCGCCGAGAGGAGGAAUGGGCGGUGGAGGAGGAUUCCGUGGUGGACCACCUGGACGCGGUGGAAUGGCAAACAGACGCGGUCGAGGAAAGCGCCCGGGAGACGGACGAGGGGGACCAGCAUCGAAACGAGACAACGGAAAGCCUGAUUUCUCGGCUGACGUCAACAUGAGCACUUUCUAAAUUGCACCCCCGGCAGAAACUCACUUUUUCUUUGUUUUUUAAAUUAUUUUUCACUCCCCCCAUUUUUUAAAAAAUUUUAAACUUUUUCAACCAAAAAUUUUGCAUUUUGCAUUAUUUUUCUAAAUUUUUUUGUUUCGUUUUUCGAAUGGUUUUGAUCUCAAAAAUCGUUCGACUUUAGAAAGUGGUGCGAAAAAUCGAAAUUCUAUAAUUUAUAUACAUAUUACCCUCAUUUCUUUUUCGAAUUUUUUAAAAAAUUUUUCCACUCCCUCUCUCUCCUCAACCCAACCCGUUAAUCUCUCACGACCUCAAAAAGUGACAAAAACCAUUCUGAAAAGUUGUAUUUUCUCAUUAAUUGUAAUAGAGAUUUUGAUAUUGAGCUUUGCAAAAAAUGGUUUUUAACGUAUCUCUCUCUCUCUCUGUUUCUCUAUUCCCUUCACCCUCUCCCUCUCUCUCCAUUUGAAACCGUUUUAUUCCGUUUUUUUUUUCUGUGUCUCGAAAUUUUCACCUUUUGCUGUGAAAAUUGGACGCACACACAAUUUUAAAAUAAAAUAAAAAAAAAUUUCGUUC